CGCCCGCGGGUCCCGCCGCCGCCGCCGCCGCCGCCACCGCGGCCGCCGCCCGCGUCCCCGCCGCCGCCGCCGCCGCCGCCUCGGCCGCCGCAGGGCCGCCCGCAGCAUGUCUCGGAGGAAGAUCUCGUCCGAGUCCUUCAGCUCCCUGGGCUCCGACUACCUGGAGACCAGUCCCGAGGACGAGGGCGAGUGCCCCCUGUCCCGGCUCUGCUGGAACGGCAGCCGGAGCCCGCCCGGGCCGCCCGAGCCCCGCGCGGCCGCCGCCGUCGCCCCGGCCCCUGCCGCCGCCUCCUCCUCCUCCUCCUCCUCAGCCUCAGCCGCCGCCGCCGCCGCCGCCACGGCCGGGGCCCGGAGGGCGCAGCGCCGGAGGCGGGUCAACCUGGACUCGCUGGGCGAGAGCAUCAGCCGCCUGACGGCGCCCUCGCCUCAGACGAUACAGCAGACUCUCCAGAGGACACUGCAGUAUUAUGAGCACCAAGUUAUUGGUUACAGGGAUGCAGAAAGGAAUUUCCACAAUAUCUCUAACAGAUGCUCCUAUGCAGACCAUUCCAACAAAGAGGGUAUUGAAGACGUCUCAGGAAUCCUUCAAUGCACUGCUAAUAUACUCGGUUUGAAGUUUGAGGAACUUCAAGAAAGAUUUGGUGAGGAGUUCUUUAAUAUAUGCUUUGAUGAGAAUGAGAGAGUCCUUCGAGCUGUAGGUGGCACUUUGCAGGACUUUUUUAAUGGCUUUGAUGCUUUGUUGGAACACAUCAGAACUUCCUUUGGGAAACAGGCCACGCUGGAGUCCCCAUCGUUCCUGUGCAAGGAGCUCCCCGAGGGUGCCCUUCUGCUUCACUACUUCCGUCCUCACCACGUUGUGGGCUUUGCAAUGCUGGGCAUGAUCAAGGCUGCGGGAAAGAAGAUCUACCGGCUGGACGUGAGCGUGGAGCAGGUGGCCAAUGAGAAGCUGUGCUCCGAUGGUUCGAACCCAGGCAACUGUAGCUGUCUUACCUUCCUCAUCAAAGAAUGUGACAAUACUGAUGCCAUGAAGAACCUUCCCCGGGGAGCCUCCCGAGUCCCUGCCGACCUCAGAAUCAGCAUCAGCACCUUCUGCAGGGCCUUCCCUUUCCACUUGAUGUUCGACGCCCACAUGUCCGUCCUGCAGCUGGGGGAAGGCCUGCGGAAGCAGCUGCGUUGCGACAGCCACAAAGUGCUCAGGUUUGAGGACUGCUUCGAGAUCGUUUCUCCAAAGGUCAGUGCCGCCUUUGAGAGGGUCCUGUUGCGACUGUCCACCCCGUUUGUGAUCAGGACCAAGCCUGAGGCUUCUGGCACUGAAAAUAAAGACAAGGUGAUGGAAGUCAAGGGACAGAUGAUCCAUGUUCCAGAGUCAAACUCCAUCUUAUUCUUGGGCUCUCCAUGUGUGGACAAGUUGGAUGAACUCAUGGGCCGAGGGCUGCAUCUCUCAGACAUCCCUAUCCAUGAUGCCACCCGAGAUGUCAUUCUGGUUGGCGAGCAGGCCAAGGCCCAAGAUGGCUUGAAGAAGAGGAUGGAUAAACUAAAGGCGACCUUGGAAAGAACUCACCAGGCCCUGGAAGAAGAGAAAAAGAAAACAGUGGAUCUUCUGUAUUCGAUUUUCCCUGGUGAUGUAGCUCAGCAGCUGUGGCAAGGACAGCAGGUGCAGGCCAGAAAGUUUGAUGAUGUCACCAUGCUCUUUUCAGACAUUGUUGGCUUCACAGCCAUCUGUGCCCAGUGUACCCCCAUGCAGGUGAUCAGCAUGCUGAAUGAACUGUAUACCAGAUUUGACCACCAGUGUGGAUUUUUGGAUAUUUACAAGGUGGAAACAAUAGGUGAUGCAUACUGUGUUGCUGCAGGACUCCAUAGGAAAAGCCUCUGCCACGCUAAGCCCAUUGCUCUCAUGGCCCUGAAGAUGAUGGAACUUUCAGAAGAGGUGCUGACGCCUGAUGGAAGACCAAUUCAGAUGAGGAUAGGCAUUCACUCAGGUUCUGUGCUCGCUGGAGUUGUUGGGGUAAGAAUGCCACGAUAUUGCCUGUUUGGAAAUAAUGUCACUCUGGCAAGCAAAUUCGAAUCAGGAAGUCACCCUCGGCGCAUCAACGUCAGCCCUACCACUUACCAAUUAUUAAAACGGGAAGAAAGCUUCACAUUCAUUCCUCGGUCCCGUGAAGAGCUUCCAGAUAACUUUCCAAAGGAAAUCCCUGGGAUCUGCUAUUUCCUGGAGGUAAGGACUGGUCCUAAGCAGCCAAAGCCUUCUCUUUCUUCAUCAAGAAUCAAGAAAGUUUCCUACAACAUUGGCACCAUGUUCCUCCGGGAGACAAGCCUCUGAGACCUUCAGCAGAUCAAAGACUUCUUCACAAAGCACAAGCCCACAACAUGGGUCAUGAAGGGGGAGUGCAGAGAGAUUGUUUCUCUUCCACUGAUGUGCUGAGAACAAGCAGCAGAAUUUCUGUGUUAUGUUAGGCAAUAAUCCUAGAAAAAGGUGGGUGAUGACUGUCAGUAAAAAAGAAACCGGAGGGGGCGGGGCAGAAAUAAGAGGUGUCCAUCCAUAGGAGUGCUUUUAGUCAUAUAUAUAUUUUAAUCACAACUAACCAAUAAAUAGAUUCUGUGUUUUCUUGUUUGUCGCACAUACAGGUAUCUUUCCCUAUAUAUUUCUAUCACUUUUGAGAGCCAGUUUUGAUGAUCAAUUCCUACAUUUAGUGAGUUGGUAUGUGAGGAAUAUUUUAUAAUUUUGUUUCCCCGAACAGACAUUUCAUACGUACAUCAUAGCUCUGUGGUUGCCUUCCUGGCAGGAAGAACUAUAACUCCACAAAAUAUUUUAGGGAUAUUACCUAUUUUUAUACAUCUCUCUUCUGAAUAAUUCCAUUUCACACACAACACUAUUCAAUUGUCAGAAUCUGCUACUGUGUAGUUGGUAUAUUGUGUAACUAACCUAUUAAUCAAAUGUAGUUUGACAUAUUUAGACAGAUUAGUGCUUGGACUGAGAAUACAUAUAACAGGAUUUCAGAUGCUGAGAAAGCACCGUAAGUCUGCUUAGUAAACGUAUCUUUUAAAUUUAAUUAAUGUAGCAUGGAAUCCAGAGGAAAUCAAAUUUCCUAAUAACAGAUUGCGCUGUAACUAGGAUCACAGAAAAGUCUUCUUGCUAUCUUCUACCGAAUGCCGGUUACAACGAGAUGCUUUGCUGCAUUGGACCCUUUUCAAUUUAGCGCUUCUAAAUCUAGGUAGCUUGUGCUCCAUGUUUGAGGGCAUUGUCAUAAGCAGCUUGCUGCUAUGGAACUUGUUAGUACUUCCCCCCAACCCCACCUCGCCCAACCACUGAUGCCUCCUAAGUCUACCUGCCAUUCUUGGGAGCAAAUUCCUCAACGCUGGCAUUAGUGACAAAGCAGUAGUAGGGACAUUUUGCCAAGAAUGCUGUUUCCUCUUGCCAAAUAAGCCGGGGGGUGGGGUCUGGGGGAGGAACCCUGUAUUUUAUGGCUUUGAGAUUUCAAAAAAACAAACGAGUUUUUCUUCUGCAGUUUCAUUGAUGUGACUCUUCAGUCGGUGAAUCCUCUUGGUGAAUGCUGAAGUAGGUCUAGCCUUCAGGCCCAGUAAUUGUCAUCGUGACAGAUAGGCUUCUAUUGCACAUGGUGCUAACAUGGAGAGCUGUUCCCACGAAUCAAUACUGCAUGAAAAUAUUAUCGCAGACUCGCCCUGCAAUUAGGAGCACAGCCUGUCCACAGUUUUUCUCUUUUGGAUCAAAUAUAAAGCCCAAGUUUCUAUUGAGGGUGAUGAGCUGGAAACAUUGGUUUCCUUGAAACCUUGAAGGGGCUCUUUCUUUUCCUUCAGAUGGUAUCCUCAUAGACCGCUUAUGUCUACUGAAUGUAAUCCAUUUCUUGUUCUAGUCAGGCAUUUCGGCUGCAUUAUGAUUUGUUUACGACAAAACGCAGCUAAGGAGCAUAUUAACUAUUGUCCAGUGUAACCGUGGGGCUUAUGAGUAUUUUUAAGUUCUCUAAGUGUGUAGCUUGAAAACAUUUAUAGAUAUGCCAAGUAUUUGUUAAAAUGGUGAUCACUUUUGUAAUUGCACCCCAAGACUUAUGAGGACCCUAGGGCAACACUUAGCGUGGAGACAGGAUCUAGACCCUGAGCUCUCUGAUAGCUCCCUGUCCCUCUCCUCCCCGGGUCUAGUAGGCCUCUGUUUUGAACAACAUGGAGGCCAGAAAGCUUGGACAUUUAAGGGGAGGCAUAUAGACUGAGAACAGGGUGCUGUCGUGGAAUCUCUUCAGGGGACUGGGAGAUUAAACUACUUCCUUAACUGGGAAUAAGGAGAUUCAGGUGGACAGCAGGUGGACAGCACAGGCUGGGAGCACCGGAGCCCUCACGCUAAAAGCAGUCAGCCCUUGCAAUGUGCUCUGUACAGCACAGGAACAUGGAGAGAGCACCAAGCUCGCUCAAGUCACGGAAGCUUAUGCUGCACAGGAAUUUACUUAGGGUUUAUUAUGAUCAUAAGUAAAUCAAUAAACAUUUGGGUGGUAAACAAUGUGUUUUGUAACCAUAAAGCCGAAAGGGACUUCCAGUAAUCAUCCAAUUCUCUGUUUUUUGUGAAGAUUUGUCUGAGCAACUGUUCUAGAUAGAUGAUCAUUCUCUCUAUAUUUAAGAAUAUCUAUGGCAAGCAUAUUUUAAAAGCAUCAUUAAAAAUCCACUUGAUUAUCCAGUAAUUGGUAAUAGGGCCCAAGACAUGAAUUGCAUAUAUAUUCAGUUGGUCAAAAUAACAAACUCUUUUAGUUUCUAUGGUUCUACUUAGAGAAGAAGUAGGCGUAUCAUUGUCACAAAUAUCACCACGAAAAAGAUACCAGAGAUCUAUUAUAUAUCACAGACAGGAUGUGAUUUUUCAAACAAUAUAAUCUCAAUGUAUCUUUGAAGCUAGAGUCUGAGACAAUAGUCUCAUCUGUUUCCAUUUUGCCAACCUGCAAGCAUUGACUAUUAGUUAUGCUGUUGCUAUGUGUUUGCAAGUUAACUGCAUAAAAUGGCCUUCGUUCUAGCUGCUGUCAUAGAGUUUAGAAACUGUGAAAAACUCUUACAUUUUUAUUUCUCCGAUAUAACACAGUCCGCAUAUUCUCCAUUUUGGAAUUAAAACGAUAACAAUGAAUCAUAGCGAGGAUUUCACUUGACUAAUAUCUAUACAUUAUUCUUACCUAAAAACUGUUGCAGACAUGAUGCAUUUUAGUGUGGCAGAUCAAAAGAGAAUGUAAAUGGGGUGUCUCAUUAGACAUGUGGUAUUAAAUUAGGGAAACAGUAUUAAUCCACUCUCAAAAGGAUACAUUAAAAUAUAAUUUGGCACAUAGAGCUCCUUCAGUUUAGUGUUCUUUUAGGAACCUGUUCUGAAGAAGUCACCUUAUGACUAGGCAUCAGCAGCAAAGAUUCACAAUGGCACCGGUAUUAUUUUGAUAGAACAUCAUUGUUUGCAAAUAAAUCAGUUAUUCAACAAAGUCGUAUACCCUCAUAUGUACCCCUAAACACAGUGCACCGUAUGUGCUUUGGGAAUCUGGAUACAUAGGUUACGUUAGCCAUAAUCACAGAGAUUAAUACUCGAUGCCCACACAAGACAGUUGGCUGUCUCAGCUACGUAGUGUGACGUCAAGAAGGAAAGAAGAUAUAGCUCCUAUGUAACAGGUGACCAAACUGUCUAAAACCUGCCUUGAUAUCCAUGUCUCCUACUUUAUUUUGGAAUUCUCUUUUAAUAUCUGACUGUGUGGAGUCCAAUGAGCUAUGACCUCUUAGGACUCUGAGAUGGGCCCUGAUGCCUGAGACUUUGAGUCCUUGGAUUCAGCACUUCAAAUGGGAACUCUCAUGGUCUCACACUUGGUCUUCUUGUCCCAUGACAGUAGUAUCAGGGACAUAGUCUUUUAUUGUUAAAGUGCAAAAGUGUGCCUCUUCAGGAAACAGUAAAACGAGACAACAGCUUCUACAGAAUCUUACUCCCAAGUGCAGCAGGGUUUUUAAUUUUGCAAAAUGUUCCAAAGAUUUCAAGCAAUAAAGCAAAAUUAAAUUGAUGCAUGCAAAGAAAAGGCAAAGCCUCAGAGCCUGGAAAACCACCAAGCUCUGUUUUUUUUGUUUUUGUUUUUUUUUUGUUUGUUUGUUUGUUUUGUACAAAAAUACUGCUACCAGUUGAGAUCCUGUAUUUGAGUUUGGGAGAUAUCAAAAAGGAACUCAAGAUUACAACUGUCAUUACAUAUAUUUCCUGAAAGCGCCUUGGGAUCGUGACUUGCUGAGGGCAGAUAUAACGGAUCAUCAGGGCCUAUUUACACAGGUAGGUUUCUGUCUUAUCAUGCGUUUGGAGCAUGACCCUGUCUUACUCCAUGCUGUCACUGGAAACAAGCUGGCUCCCUCAACCAUGGCCCCAACAACCCCAUCCUCCUUGUGCCUCUGAACCUAAUAUGGCCACAGCAAAAGUUGCUGAUGUCUGUCUCACGCAGACAGAAAGACUCACUCCAGGCCCAAGUAACAAUGCACUUCUGAAGUGAACUAAGCACUUCAAGUUGUGCUGGGGCAUGCCAACAUCUGCAGCUUUUCCCUGUGCUUUGUCUUCAAAAUAACAAUCUGACUCCAAGCACUUGGUGUAACUUCAUAGAAAAUUCCUCCAAAAUGAAUGAUAUAUGACUCUGCAUAGGCUCUGGGCAACACCAGAUGCCUUUCAGCCAACAAUACCUAGAAACUCAAGUCCAAGGACCAAGCCCCAUACUGCAGCCUAGGUAUUUCUAUUAUUAAGUUAUAGAUCUUCAACUACAAAAUCUAUGUUAUAUCAGAGGCUUCUAUAAGAGUAUUUUAUGAGAUAGAGCUGGAAAAACACAGUAUAGGAGAGACUGAGUAAUCAGAGGCUAACAUAUUCCAAUCUGAAUGAUUCUGUAUGGGUAGCUCUUGAUAGGAAUAUACUUCAUCCACAAGCAGUUGAUUUCAUAUAUACAUAAGUUGUGUUAACGUGACUGAACUUGAUUGUUAGAUGGAUAAAUUGGCCCCAGCGUUGGACUCAGUAUGAGGAUCCUUGAGGUGGUGAAUGAAGAACAGACCCUGAUAUUAUAAACAGAGUAACAUAAAUCUUGUCAGAAUAUACUGAGAUAGUGUGCAAAAUUCCUUCCUCACACUUGAUUCAAACAAAUGAAACCUAAGUAUUCUUGUCCUGCUGCUUUUCUGUUGCCUUCCUUCCUUUCUUUCCUUCUCCCUUUCAUAAAGAAAGGUCAGUGCUACAGUCAAUCUCACGCUAUAAAAUAGUUACAGUUUUAUAAUGUAAUGAAUGCUCUUUGUGUGUUUGUGGGUGUACGUAUGCGUGCGUGUGUGUGCUGAAUGUAGAGAUUAACAUGAUUAAAAGGAGUGCCGUUUUGAAGGACCUACAAUGUCAAAACUUAAAGUUUGCAUUUUUAUUUCCAAUAUGUUGUGACCAGAGCACGGCACCAGUCAAGUGCUCCACUGCCAUCCCAUCCUUAUUAAGAAAUGAUCCUGUUCAAUGGUUCAACUCAUCAGCUUGGUAGUCUCUGACUGCCUACCUAAGAAUGACCUAGGAAGCUUUCAGAAAUACAAAUUACUGAGCUUUACCUGUGUGGCCUAGGAAUCUGUACUGAGAAAAAAAUCACUCUCGGUAAUGUGAAUAUAUAGCCAGAUUUGGGAAUCAUUGAAGAGUAUUCAAAUCAUCCCAAUUACUAGGAAUAAAAACAAGUUGACUAAGGGAGUGGAUAUUAUUUCAUGUGUAGGUAUUUUGAAGAGCUAAGUAUUCUGGGCUUUGUGGCAAUAUUUCCUUCACAAGUUUUAAUCAUAGUUUUAGCCUCAAAUUUACAGUCUGCUUUUUGAGCAUGAUAUUUCAAACCUAUUAGAGAAAGGAGUCAACACUAAUAAGCAUGAGGAAUGAAUAUUGCUCACUAUAGGGCUAUUAGGCACACUAGAUAUGGUACCAUUUUCUUAGUUACCACCAGAGCUGUGCAGGAUAUCACAGUAUUUGCUGAUCCUCACCACCAAGGUAUUAACUAUCAACUUUUGAACACAGAAGCAAAUGUCGAAGUGACAGCCUGAUUUCUGAAUGCUUUGAUUUUUAUGUUAUAAGAAAUCACCAACUCAAUACUUAGUCUCACUCUGUACUUUUCACAUUGAAUUGUGCAUUCAUCUAAAAAUGAUUUCCUAGCAAUACUUUAUAACAACCUUGCAAGCAAUAAUUUAAGCCAUGGUAUGAUGCCAUAUGAAACCUGCACUUUUGUGCACGUCAUAGAACCUUUAGGGAAAUAGAGACACAUUUUAUACAAGCAAUAAUAUAGCUGGCAUGGGCUCUCAAAAGAUAUCCGUGAUUCUACUACAGCCAAAUGAGCAGCAGCAAGUGAUAAGUUGGAUGAAAAUUAGCUGAGCAAAUAAUAUGGCUCAUCUGUCUCAGAAGUUAUUCAUUUGCACACAUGCUAUAAAGUAAUAGACUCCCAUCACAUUAUUUGUGUUGUAUAACUUUUAAAUACCUAUUGUAAUAUGAUUUCUAUUCCUCUCAAGAGAUAUGUGUAUGUAAUGUUGCCCAGACUUUCAGAUCUUUGUGGAAUAUAGUAGUAAGGAACAGUUAAGGAUGGAUAAAUGAGUAAAGGUGGAGCAGAGGUUGGAUGAGUUGGCUGAGAAUGUAGGCUUUGCAGAAAUGUAGAUAGAUGUUAGGACAUGUAAAUUCAACUCUUGGAUCGAUAAGGUCUCAGAAGAUGAAAGACAAAAAGAGCUCACAACUACUGUUUUCUAUGGUGGCAAAUGCUUAGUGAGUACAAUAGUAUUUUGUCUCCAGAAUAUGAUUGGUUGGAUGUCACCUGUAGCAUAACUUAAGAAACAUCUGAAAAUGAUUCUGUAGCCAUGUUGAAAAUAACCUGCCCUUCUCAACUAUUUUGAUGAUCGCAGUGAAGCUUGCAAAUUUCAAACUGAGGAACUUAAAUGUUUAGUCUGAAAAUGUAAUUUUAAUCAAAUAUGGCAUAAUCAAUAAUAAUCGGUCCUUUAAUACUUAAAUUACCCCUCCACCAUUUAGCAUAACAUGCUAGGAUUAUAGCUAAAAGCAACCAGUAAAUUUAUGUGACACUAAGGAACUUCUAAACAUCAGAUUAUCAUUUAGCAAAGUCAUAUAAGCUUAGGAUCCAUUCAGAGGCCUCUCAAUAAGAUUACAGCUCCCUUCACUGCCUCGGCUGGUAAGCUCUCUUUUAACCAUGAAUCUGAAUACAGUUGGGAUGGUGCAUGAGUUUCCUGCUAGAUUACCUUCCUGUUACCACUGCAAAAGUUAAGGCAGCAUCCUUGUCACAAUUUAGAGAAGCCCCCUGCUGAAAAUCCAACAGGAUUGUUGAUUCCCUGAGAAAGCUUUUGACAAUUUUCUCUUGCUAUGUCAUUGGAUGCUUAAUUCUUAGUAAAUGUGCUUUUGAUUGUUAAGAAUGAAAAAUACUUAAUUUGAAUGUGUUAAACUAUAGUGAACUUAUCCUCUCAGCAAAUUCAUCUAGUUGGUGAGCAGAUCAUUCUUAAUAUUAGACAUCAGUACUGUUAUUAUGGAAAGCAGAAACCUAAAUAGCAAGCCCGAGUCGUACCUUGUUUCUGGUUCUUUUGAUACAUAUUUUAAAAAUAAAGGGAUCAGUUCAUGUUCAGCCUUCUUCUGUGGCCUUUUCACUAUUUGGAGAUAAAGAAGAGAUUCUUCUAAAUAUGUUUUUAUGGUGGCCUAUUCAUACAGUCAUGUAUUAACUGGGGUAAAAUCAGAAAUGUGCAAAAUUGCUUCUUCACACUACCUCCGUUUUUCAAGACACUCCUGCCAUUUUGCUGCCUGGCAGUUGUAAGUCAGACUCAGACAGACGGACACGGGAUGUGUGGAAAGGGUGGGGAUGGGAGGAGUGUGAGAAGAGGUUAAGCAAAAAGAUUUACUUGUUUUUUUCAGGAAGGUAUAGAUACCCUUAGAGGAGAGGAAGUUUCCAUAAUAGACACAUGUGGUUUCAUGAAGCCAAAUGACUUAUCUGACUGCUGGUCAUUCUUAUUUUGAAAAGAGAAAAGGGAAAAAAAUUCUUCACAAGUCUGUUUUCUUAGGAGGUAGUGUCAGCCGCUCAGUAGUGGCACCAUCAGUAAUGCUGGGAUUAGAGCCUCACGGAGAUAAAUAUAGAAUCCCUCUGAAGGUGGCAGAUAGAACCAGCCGUGGUUGCUGUGAUAAAGGUAAAUGAAAGCGUCAGAACAUCUGGGCUAAAGGAACAAAGGAGGCCAGAUACCAGCUCUGCCACACAACAGCCUGCUAAAAUUAGUGCAAAAGAACCGACUACCAGAGUGCAAGUGAUACUAAAACCUGUUUUUCCCCCUUUAUAACACGCCUGGCUGAGGUAACAUUCAGGGAGAAGAAUACAGUCUGAUUUUAUACAUCCUUUUUCUGGGUGUUCUGGCAUGAUAGCAAUGAUAGCUUUCCCUUGCUGGGAACUUUGAUCACUAAGAAUGAAAACUAUAUUGGGUUCUACGAUCAGGAAAAUCAUUUUUCGAGCUCGGCUCUCCUCCAUAUUCUUCUUCACCCUGUUCUCCAGGUGGGCUUUGGCUGCCGGCAUAAAUAGUGCCCAACUGUAGAUAGAAGCCUUUCUGACCCCAAGCCCACCCAGCUCCUGCAGGGACACUCCAGGAUUGGAGCCAGCCAGAGUCACCCCAGCAUCGGACCGUGUGCUGUGGGAGAGAGCAAGAGGCACCCUCAGGCUUCCGAAAUUAGAGGCGGUCAGGUAGUCCUUUAUCUUCACAUCUAUGGAGCUGGUAAUUCGAGCAGAGAUUCUUUAGAACAGGAAACUUUUUAAGGAAGGAAACAAAUCUGGAUAAUUGUUAGUCAAAAUUAUCAGCUGGAAAAAGAAUUUAGGACAAAGAUUUGCUGUCUUAAAAGACUCAACUUCCAUCCCAAAGUUGGAAUGCUAGACACUUUUCAAAGUUUUCUAAAUGUAUCAAGUUCUUCAGCACUAAGAAAAAAAAUGUUGUUGAUGCAUUUCUUAAGGUUUAACCCCCCAGGGAUAACACAUAAUUAUAAGAUGCAUUUAAAUAAUUGUUUUCUCCAUGUUUCCGUUUGUGGCAGAAAAUAUAUAGAGGAUGUCACAAAAAAGGUAAACUUACAAAUUGCGGCAUUAAGCCACGGUUUGCAAAUUGGGCAACAACAUUCUUUACUUAAAAUAAUAAACUCAUUUUUAAUAAUAUAAGCAUUGAGAAUAAUAGUCAAAUAAUAUUGUGUUAAGACUUGUUCACAUUAGGAUUAUUCAUCUUAUGAUUCUCAAACCAAAAUCUAAAUCAAAGCUACUGUAUAUGCAGAUCAUUUGAACAAAUAUAAAUAUCCUACAUCACCUCUGACAAACAACAGUCUAUACAUUUUUGUACCCAAUAAGACAUCAAAUCCUGAACUAUUCUAUAUUUGUUAUCUCCCUAGAAGCAUUCCUCUAUGCUCAAUAUCACUAACUUUCAAGGCCACCAAGAGAAGACAGUUUUCUUCUGAGGGUGGGGUAGUCUGGAUCAGUACAUUUCUGUAUGAGCACUUAAAACAUUCCCUCCCUCCCUCCCUCCCUCUUUCUUUCUUUCUUUCUUUCUUUCUUUCUUUCCUUUCUUUCCUUUCUUUCUUUCUUUCUUUUCUUUUUUUCCCCCUUUUUGCUUUUUUCAUUCAAAUUUCCAUGAAGUGAAGCAUAAUAUUGGAAAUAUCAGGGUGGCCAGAAAGCUUAUCAACAACCUGAAACCCCCCCCUUCCAAAUUUUAUUGGUAUAAGUUACCAUGUUGAAAUUAAAACCCAACCUUGGCCUGGAGUGUCAGAUGAAUUAUUUUUAUAGUAUUUGACUAGAAGGAACUAUCAAGAAGAAAUUAACUCUUAUGGUAGAUGGCAUUCUAGCCAGGAAGGUCUCAAUAACCUAGAUGACUGUGUAACUAUCUACAUUUAUUCAGGGGGGUGUUUUUAAAACUUCUUUAGUCUUUGCGGUUGUUGUGUGAAGAUGAUUAUUCCUGGAUGACAGCCAAAACUAUUAUUGCUAUAUUUUUCAUCUGUUUCAAAUGUGUCACCAGGCACUUGUAAAAUCCAUUCCUUGUUUUGUUAUAUGACUCCGUGACCUGGGAUAAUGGGCACUCAUUGCUUUUUUUUUUUUUUUGACCCUCAAAAAACUCUUUUUUUCUAUCUAAAAGAAUUCUUCUAGCAAAAAUGUAAAUAAACACCUGAGUAUGGAGGUGUCCCAUUUUAUGAGCGUAUAUGAAAUACUUUGGAUUCAGCUAGACUGCAAGAAAGGCAAAGGAUAGAAACUGGGAAGAUGAAAAGAGACAGAAAAGUCAAACUUUACCUACAUUAAGAUUAUGUCUGUAGCCCAACCCUGUUCAUCCCAAAGACGGCUGAAAAAAGAUGAAAUGAUGAUCGAUUUUUUAAAUACGGUAUUCAUAUUUAAUAGAAUGUCAUAAAAUUCAUCAUGUCAAAACUUUGAUAAAUGAGAAAAAUAUAUGCUCUUCAGAAUGAAUCUAUUUAACUUUUUUUAACGUUUAUUUAUUAUUGAGAGACAGAGAGAGACAGAGCAGGAGCAUGGGAGGGGCAGAGAGAGGGGAGACACAGAAUCUGAAGCAGGCUCCAGGUUCUGAGAUGUCUGCACAGAGCCCAAUGCGGUGCUCAAACUCACAAACCACGAGAUCAUGACCUGAGCCGAAGUCAGACGCUCAACCGACUGAGCCAACCAGGCGCCCCAGAAUGAAUCUAUUUAAAAGUACAAGAACUUUUUGCUUCACACAUGCCCACCCCAGAGUUUGUGUUGUCUUGGGAAAAUGUGGUAUUAUGUCUUUAAAUACUACUUGCCGAAUGUCCUAAUUAAACAUUAGUAUAGUCUUAAUGAGAAACAGUGAAAAGGUCCCCAUAUUGAGUGUGGCUGUCGCUUGUGCAUCAGUGGAAUUUAAUACUGUUUCUCAGGAAGACUCUUGGCAAGAGUAAAGUGAAUGGCCUGUGUACAGGGAUUAUGUGCAGUAAACUAAUUAAAGAUUGCCAGCUUCUCUUUUUAUCCUUUUCGUUCUUUCUUUCUCUCUCUCCCUCUCUCCCUUCUUCUCUCCUUCUUUCCUUCCUUCCUUCCUUCUUCUCUUUCUUUGUAGCUCUUAUGAAAGUUGUAAAAAUAGUAUUUCACUAUUGGCUGGGGUUUCUCUUUCUCACUUUCGUGCCACUGAGGACAAUGUGGGUUCAGGAGGUAAGGAAAAGGAGAACAUGUUAGAUAAAGAUUGUUUGGGGAAAGAAAAGGCUGAGAUAAUUGGCUUCUCAGUUAACAAAACAGGGGUUUAAAAACAUAUAUGUAUGUUGUUCUUUCACAAUGAAUUUAACCACUUUCUCAAGAAGUUAUCAGGGUCAACCUUUUUGGACAUUUUUGCCCCUACAAGCAUCUUCAUUUAGAAGAAUCCUCUUCUUUACAAAUAGUAAUUUUUUACUUGGGUGCCAAGCGCUCAUCAUUGAAAUAGAAAAGAAGAUUUCUCCAUUUGGAGGGGAACUGUUAUUAUUAUUUUUUUUAAUUACUUUCUAGUAAGGCAAAUACGCCCAAUGCUACUUGAUUUUACUGGCUUUUUAUUUAGAGAGAACUGUUACAUUGUCUUGCUUCCUCUGUAUACCCCUCUGUAACUCAGUCUGGCAUAGCAUGAUGUUUGGAGUUCUCUUUUGAGGGUCUGAAAACAUUUGCUAUCAAUUUUCUAAGUCUACUGUAUUGAAAAGCAAUAUACAGUGUAUUCCCUGUUUCUUAGCUCUAUGCCUUUGACAUUUAGUAUAUAUUCAGAUAGCUAUUUAUAACCACAAUUUCUACUUAUUCACCAGAAUUAACUAAUUACCAUGUUCUUAAAUACAAAAAGACACAGGUUGGAUCAUCUACAACUCCCAACCCAAAACCAUUUUUUUUUUUUUCAGGGAAAAUUCAAUCAUUUCUAGCAAAGUAUUUGAUUCUUAAGGGAAAAGAAGUGAAUUAUUUAAAAGAGUAAAAGUGAGGAAGACAGAAUAUGCCCUUUCAUUUUAGAUAUCCCCAACACUAUAAUCAUUUGAACAAGUAUUGAGUAAGAUUUAAAGAAUCUUUAAUCUCUGGAACUGAAAAUGUUAUUUUCAUUUUUUGUUACUGUAUUGACAUUACAUUCAAACUAUUUAUCCUUGUCUCCAUGAUAUAAGUGUAUUCAUUACAGAAAAUUACAUAGAAAUAAUGCAGCCUUUUUUUUUUUUUUCAUAGAAAGAUGUGCUUCUGUAAGCCCUUUAUCUUUGAAUUUUGGUUCUCACUUCUCAUUUAGACUUCUUCUUUAUACCCCUCAAGGGUCUUCUAUGUUCAGCCAGUCAGGCCAGAGAAAGGAUAUGAAAACUUGAGAAAAAUUUAACACUUUAAAAGAGUAAAUUUCUAUGUUAAUUGACUUUUAUUUAUUUCAUGCUGACCAAACUAUUGUGAAAUUGUGAAGACACAGGCAGCUACCAUAUAAAUUGAGACUUCAGAAAAUCCAAAUUACUUUCUUCCCAUCAUUUCCAGUGUUAAGAAAGCCUGUGUCUCAAAAUGAUGCACAAGGUCAGUGUUUGUUGAAAUGAACACACAUGACCUUCAGUACCUUUACCGUUUUUAUUUCUUGAGGGAAAUAUGUUUAAUAAUGAUGUAAGAGUAGAAAAAAAUUGGUUGAGGGAAACAGAAGAAAUUGAGAUCAGAUGAGAGCAGCUGGGACCCACAGUCCCAUUUUCUCCAUGUCUUUGCCUCCUGCUGAGUUGGCAUAUGAGGCCCAGGUUGGUAUUCUACUAAUCAGGGUCUCCUUAAAGAAUUUGGGUAGAAGCAAAAAUUACUCCAACUACAUGGACAUUUGUUCACAUCAUUGAGGCAGGUUUUGACUACUGUGAAUACUAGGUUAAGUUCAAAUAAAAAAAAAAAAAUGGUCCAUGGAGAGAAAGAAUUUUUGACUUUUCUUAGAGAUGGAUAAACAGCUUUUCCCCUAUAAAAGAAAAAAGUCUUCCUGGGAGUUAGGCCUUGGAAAAACUCUGAAGUUUUAUAGCAUCUGCCUGCAACUACAUUAUACGUCAGUAAUCAAGUGACAGAAUUGUCUCAUUAUGCUUUUAAAAUGUACUGAUUAAGCGCAUUCCAGAAAUAAUACAUAUCAUUCUUCAUCUCAAAAUCAGCCUACCUAAAUUCUGACUCUUCAACUGUGAGUAGCCAUUUUACAAAACCAAAGGGUCUCAUUUCCCAAACAGUAUUUUAGAUUAAAAAACUUGCCUGUUCAUUUCAGUGGAUAACUAGCCAGAGCAUUUCCAUCAAACAUUCUGGCACUAUAUAAUAAUCAAUAGGUUUCCCAGCUCAAUAAAAACACAUAGUUAUAAUGUGCUAGGCCUCCAUUUGCUUCCUCUGCAUGGGGUAGGUCUUACAUAACGAGAUACCUGAAUUAUUUUGAUACUUUGGCCAAUUCAUUUGCUGUAAUUUCAGGGAUCUGAAUUUUUGGUUUGGCUUGCGAUGUAAAUACUAUUGUACAUCUGCUAUUUUGCUAUCAGAGUAUACUUUGUGAGUCAUUUCUUUUAAAAAAAUCUAGUUAUCACAAACUUGAAUUACAAUGUCAUUAAUAAUACCAGGUAAUAUACUAAUAUAUCUGUAAGGCAUGGUUAAAUUGCAUAUAUUUUGAAAUGUCAAGCUAUUGUUUUUUAAAGAUGAAUGCAUCUCUUAAACCUGUACCAUUAAUUAAAAAGUUUCAUUUGGUGUUUCAUAUUAUAUUUUCAAUAUUUUCCUUUACUAGUACAGGUUUAGAGAAACUUUUUCUGAAUGAAAUGAUAAAAUAUGCCUCAUUUCACUAGGAUUUUAAGAAUACUAGUACCUGUAAAAGUAUGUAAGCACUUACAGGAUUAUAAACUUUCACUCUAUCUUCUUUGGUUUUCAUGUAACACCACUUUUUACUUGUGUGAUUAUUUUUAUUUGUAAUUAUUCCAAAUCAUGCACAGUGUAAAUAGCAUGUUUCAUCAUGAAAAAUGUCUUUGUAUUUAUAGACUGCAGAACAAGGUAAAUUUGUAUAUGAAAAAUGAGGAAAGCCUUGGAUUCUUACAAAACACAGUGGAAAUAACAGUUGUGUGUGUUAAAUUUACAUAAUUCAUUACAAAAUUAAGUCAUGCAUUUAUUUACUUUCUAAGUCCAAACUGUCACUUAUAAAAUAUUUAAAUCAAUAAAUAAUACCAAAAAAGAUGA